AUGGAAUCACCAGCUGUGAUAUUGGAAACGAAUAAACGUUAUUUCAUCGAAGACAAAUUUCUAACCGUAAACUGUUUCUACGAUCAAAAGAAAAUUAGACCAUGGCUUAAAGAUUGGAUUGGACUAUACCCGUGUGAUAAUGUAAAACUAUACGAACCGUUAAUAUUUGAAUAUGUUAUGGACCAUCCAAGGAUAGAUGGUAGUUGUUAUAAAAUCAAAUUUGUACCACAACUAUUCGCUAAAUCCAUCCAUUGUUCUGGUAAAUACCAGUUUGUGUACGUGGAUUCCUAUUUUAAGGUUAUUGCAACUAGUGAUCCAAUUCAAUUUGUGCAUAAGAAUGAUUGUAACUGUAACAAUUCUCUGUCUCAAUCAAAUUGUAUGGAUCACAUAAAAAUAGGACAGGAUAUUAAUUCAGUAGUUCAGCGUAUGAAGUGUCUUGAAACAAGAUUACUUGAGUUUGAAAAAGGUAAACAAGAAGCAAUAGAGCUUAAUGAACAGCUUGUAAAAAAAUUGAAAGCGUGUGAAAUGCUUAGAUCUAGAGGUGAACAAUUUAUUGAUGGCCUUUAUAAAGCACUUGAUCAAGGAAAACCAGUGAAGUUAACAAACUCUAAAGGACACACACGUUGGAUCAAGCGAAUGCGAACUACUGAAAUAAGAAACCAUGUAAUGUCUACCAAAAUAGUCAGAAAUGAAGUAUAUUUAACAGCAAUCAUAAAUUCUCAAGAACAAGAAAUACAGAGAUUACGUGCCAUUAACAAUGAGCUUAGUAAUACUAACACAUAUUUGAAGCAUUAUAAGCAGCCGGGUCACAUUAAUGAACCACAGAUUACUGAAACCAUUGAUGCAGAAGAUGUUCAACAGUUAAAAUCAUUGAGUAUUGAAUCAAUUCCUUCCGCAGUAGUCAAAUUUAUCGAUGACUCAGAGUUAAGUGAUGACUACUGCGAAUAA